AUGGUUUUACCUAGAACAUUAAAUGUGCGUAGAAUCUUGCUACAAAACCAGACUUUUUUCAGUUUUCAGGGUCAUUACGUAAAUAGACAAAUUGACGACGUUAGAUGUCAUUGCCAUGGCAGUGAAAAACAGAAACGAACGUUUCUUAGUUUUCCAAAAUCAUCUCGUACCAGAGAGUACAGUGGGCGACAACUAGUAGGAUACACAAUGGAACAAAUGUUUGAAGUGGUAUCUGAUGUGGAUAAUUAUUAUAAGUUCCUUCCAUGGUGCAAGAAAUCAAUAGUACUACAGCGAAACCCUAGUAAUUUGAAAGCAGAUUUGAUUGUUGGUUUCCCUCCAAUAAAUGAGUCUUAUACAUCAAAUGUGACUCUAGUCAAACCACAUUUGGUGAAGGCUGAAUCCAUGGACAGCAAGCUUUUUUAUCACAUGCUUACUUUGUGGAGGUUUAGUCCUGGGCUCAAAAGAGAAAAACAGUCAUGUGUAAUUGAUUUUCAAAUAACCUUUGAAUUCCGCUCUGCACUGCACUCCCAGCUAUCAAAUUUAUUUUUUGACCAAGUGGCGCGACAAAUGGAGGGAGCGUUCAUCAGAGAGGCUGCCAGACGCAAUGGUCCAGCUACCUUAAAGCCAAGAAAUCUACUUAAAACAGAUGUUAAAAGUUGA